GGUUGUCAAAAAAUAACCGCAAGACUCCGAUCCGUACUUACCUGCACCAUUUUCUGACAUUGUACGCUAGUUUCUGACCUUCUGAAUGCUAUUGGGGCUGGGCAUGCGUCAGAAAACCCUAACAUUUUACGAUAGUCUUCACAUUCCUAAUAGUAUAUUACUAAGCGGACAGAUUAUAUCCCCGAAAUUCACGAAUAUAAAAGAGGGGGGGCGGUGAGAAUGGGAUGGGACUAAAGCUAACGUGGAGCAAAGCCCCUCAUUCUGUCUCUAAGAUCACAACUUUAUUCUUGGUUGAAUAUCAUCCUCCCUCUUCUCCAGGCGGCUGUUUAAUGCGCCAUGGCCAGCAAGCCGGCGAUUGUGCUCUCUCCUGGCUCGUUUUCCAAAGUCAGUCUGUAUGCGCACUUUGUGUACCAGCUGCACCAAGCAGGCUAUGAUCGCAUUGAGGUUGUCCGACUCCCUUCCCUGGGAAAGAGAGAUCCGUUGCCGGCCGCGACCAUGGAGGACGACGCGAAUGAGAUUCGCAAGGUGAUCGAGCAAGUUUCGAAUGAUGGGUUCGAUGUCCUCCUCAUGGCGCACUCGUACGGCGGAAUCCCAGCUACGGAAAGUGUCAAGGGCGUGACAAAGAAGGAGAGAGCUGCUCAGGGUAAGCCAGGCGGCGUGGUCAGAAUCCUCUAUACCACAGCCGUCGUCCCCGAUCUUGGAGGUGAUCUUGCUUCCGUGAUGGGUGAUGGGAUCCCAUCGUCCAUCAGGAUCGACGGAGAAUACAUGACGCACGUUGAUGUUGGUCCGCUGAUCGAGACGUGCUUCAACGACAUGCCGUACGAGGAAGCUCUGCCGUGGGCGAAGCGCUUCGGGCAGCACUCGGCCAUCUCUUUCGGCGGCAAGCUCACGUAUCAGGGAUACAAGGACGUGCCCGUGUCGUACAUGUUCUGCGAGAACGAUAAGUGUGUACUCCCCAGGAUGCAGCAGGCCGGCAUCGACUUCGUCGAGAAGGCAAGCGGGCGAAAAGUCGACGUUUACAGGUAUAACGUGGACCACAUUCCGUACUUUGGUAAGAUCGAUUGCGUCGUCGAUGCGGUCAACAGGGCAGCCAGCGAACAGAAUUGACGUCUUGGAAGCCGGGGGCCUUGGGAUUUGUAGUACUGGUCCAAUAAACGGACCACCCCACACAAGACAAGGCUGCACAAUUGAGUCGUUUUAUUGUCUGUCGCUAUUGGUCGCGUAGCCUACAUCAGAUACUAUUUUAAGUUCACCGUGCCGAAAAAUUGAGCACGAGGCUUUCAU